UGUUAUGUGUCCAGUCAACCCCGUGCCUAUCUGUAGACUACAUAAUACACACUCUUUCUGUAUCUACAGACAUUGCUGUCUGACAGCCCCAAACACUGGCGCAGGAGACUACAAGAAUAGUUAUUUUCUACCUACUAAGAACUCGACCAACACACAUCUAACGCUCCUUUCGGCUUCAUUUGAAGGUUGUUGUUCGGGUUUAACCUACCUUUGGCUGUAUCACUCCUAACCAACCCUAACCUCACCAGCACCGUCACGGGGACUUUACCAUAACCCUGAAGGGAAACGGGUCCUGCCGGUGUUCCUUCCCCAGGACAGUAGAUGACACAGUCCUGGACCAUGUAAGGGAGCUGAAGGGGCAAUCUGCAGUGUUUCUACCGGAGAGAGCGACGGGGAGAGUGAGGGAAGAGGAGGAGCGAGGAAUGGGCAUGGGGAAGAAUAUCACCUCUAAGUCGAUGGAGGGAGAAGGGGCGAAGUAUGAGGAGGAGAACAAUCACAGAGCAGACUUCUACCCCAUUCCGGUGGUGGUUAACGGAGUGGGACAGGCCGCUGGAGAGCAGGACACUGAAGACACUGAGCUGAUGGCCGUCUACACUGAAGAGAACCAGGGAGGAGAGAAAAGUUCCAUGUCGGAGACUUUGGACAGUGCAGACAGUAUAGACGCCAGGAGAAUGGACAUGAUCUACACCAUUGAAGACACUCCUCCCUGGUACCUGUGUAUAUUCCUGGGCUUACAGCACUACCUGACAUGUUUCAGUGGUACCAUUGCGGUGCCAUUCCUGCUAGCUGAAGCCAUGUGUGUAGGGUUUGACCAGUGGGCUACCAGUCAGCUCAUAGGAACUAUCUUCUUCUGUGUGGGAAUCACCACCCUGCUACAGACGACACUGGGCUGCAGACUUCCUCUGUUCCAGGCAAGUGCCUUUGCCUUCCUGGCUCCCGCCAGAGCAAUUCUGUCACUAGACAAGUGGAAGUGCAACACUACAGUGGUUCCUUCCAUGUUCAACGAGACUGAGCUGCUCAACACUGAACACAUCUGGCAUCCCCGGAUACGAGAGAUCCAGGGGGCUAUCAUUGUGUCGUCUCUGAUAGAGGUGUGUAUUGGCUUCCUGGGGCUCCCUGGGCUCUUGUUGAAAUACAUCGGGCCCCUAACUAUCACCCCGACUGUGGCCCUCAUCGGCCUGUCUGGCUUCCAGGCUGCAGGGGAGAGAGCAGGGAAACACUGGGGCAUCGCCAUGCUCACUAUAUUCCUGGUGUUGUUGUUCUCUCAGUAUGCGAGGAACGUACAGCUUCCUCUGCCCAUCUACAAGGCUAAGAAAGGUUGGACCUCUUAUAGAUUACAGCUCUUCAAGAUGUUCCCUAUCAUCAUGGCCAUCCUGGUGUCAUGGCUGAUUUGUUUUAUCUUUACCGUAACCAAUGUUUUCCCACCGGAGAAAGACAAGUACGGUUACUACGCCCGCACCGACGCACGCCAGGGGAUACUGGCAGCCGCACCCUGGUUCAAGAUCCCCUACCCUUUUCAGUGGGGUGUUCCUACGGUGACAGCGGCGGGGGUGAUUGGUAUGUUCAGUGCCGUGGUCGCCAGCAUCAUUGAGUCCAUUGGAGACUACUACGCCUGUGCCCGCCUCUCCUGUGCCCCCCCACCCCCCAUUCACGCCAUCAACAGGGGUAUAUUUAUGGAAGGUCUCUCCUGCGUGUUGGAUGGGCUGAUGGGGACAGGAAACGGCUCUACUUCCUCCAGUCCUAAUAUAGGCGUGCUAGGCAUCACUAAGGUGGGCAGCCGGCGUGUGAUCCAAUACGGUGCUGCUAUGAUGCUACUGCUAGGGCUGGUGGGUAAAUUCAGCGCAUUGUUCGCCUCCCUGCCUGACCCUGUUCUGGGGGCGCUGUUCUGUACCCUGUUUGGGAUGAUUACAGCUGUGGGACUGUCCAACCUGCAGUUUGUAGACCUCAACUCCUCCAGGAACCUUUUUGUUCUGGGCUUCUCCAUUUUCUUUGGCCUGGUGCUGCCCAGCUACCUCAAACAGAACCCUCUGGUCACUGGUAUAGUGUCGAUUGACCAGGUGUUGAACGUCCUCCUGACCACAGCCAUGUUCGUAGGGGGGUCAGUGGCAUUUGUGCUGGACAACACUAUCCCUGGUACGCCGGAGGAGCGAGGGAUCAGGAAGUUGAAGCGUGGGUCGGGACCCAGUACUGCGGAGCUGGAGGGGAUGAGAACCUACGACCUCCCGUUCGGCAUGGACUUCCUGCGCCGCCACACCGUCUUCCAGUACUUCCCCAUCAGCCCCACCUUCAGCGGCUACCAGUGGGGCGCGAUCCGCAAGGCCUGCAGACUUAGGGGGGGACGGGGUGGGGCAGGGAAGGCAGCAGAGAUGGAGGGAAUCACAGAUCCAGGGGAGAGCGGUGUAUAGCAGACUGGUAGAACCGGGCUGGAGGGAAGAGAGAUGGCGUUUGGUACCAUGGAAGGAAGGGAGGGGUGGAGGUUUUUGGGUAGCGUCAGUGCAGUGUGACAUGCUCAACCCUGUCUUGUAUGAAUGUGUGUCUGUAUAACACUGUCUAUGGCCUAUUCAUGCUGUUGUUAGCAUGUUAUACCAGUGUUGUUACCAGUGUCAUGAGCGUGUAAUAACAGAUGUCCUUAUAGGGAAAGUUUCAGAUGGAGAUGCAACAUGCUCUUGUCUCUGCCUAGUAUGUGAGUGAAAGAGCAUAGGAAUGCCUUAGACAGCCCAUUAUUGAGGUCCCUCUCUUCCCAUUGCACUAUUUCUUCUAGAUCUUCAGUUAACACUUAUUUUCUCAGUUAACCUGUCUACAUCAGUCAAUCUGUCUACAUACAUUCCAAGGGGAAUGGUAAGAAAAGGUUUGUUCUCUGCUGUUUAACCAAAAUAAUCCGAUGUAUUACACUCCCAGUGGCCUCUGUGUGUGUGUGUGUGUGUAUGCCCACCCAUGACAUUGUGAUGGGGUUGAGUGUGUCACUUGCGCUGGCAGAUUUCCUGUUUCCGGACAGAUGGACAGAGACAGACAUACAGAUGGAUGGACAGUAUCUCGUUUACGGCAAAAGUUUAAAGCUGAAUGAUUGACACCUUUCAGACCCAUUGAGAAUCAGAUGCAGCUGGUCAGUCAGCCCUGUUUAGCAAACCUACACUUCCCACGGUGGUUAUGGGAAAUGUAGUCUCCUGUUGAAAGGGGAUUGGAUGGAAUUGAGGCUUUAUGAAAAUUCACAUUAGACUAAUAAUUGGCCUAAAUUUACACACACACACACAGGCAAGCACACUACCAAACACAAGCAAGGCAAGGUCAUGCAGAUACUGUUGAUGAAAGUGGCUUGUCAAGUGGUAGAUCUUAGCCAUGCAAAGUGAUUGUGGUGUUCGUUUUACAUUAUUAGAGUUAAUGCCCAUUUUGUUUACCGGAACCUGCCCCUCUAUUUGGCUUCUAUUACCCGUUUAAGUCAAACACACAAUUAGGGCUGUUAUGGUGACCGCAUUAUCACAACACCGGCAGUCACAAGUCAUGACCGCAGUCAAAAUUCCACGUGACCGCUGAGUCAUGGAAACUAGGCUUCUCCAAAACUGCGCUUUGAUGGUCAUUAAUAUCCUACCAAAUUUGCUAAAAGUCACUAAUAGCCUUGUACUCAGCGAUGUAUUGUCCCUCUAAUCACUCUGACAUCAAUGCAAAUGCAAUCAAAAAUUAAAUGAAACAAUUAAUGAGAGCCCUGGAAUUCAGAGUUGGAAUGGAAUAGGAUCACCUUUGUGCAGCUAGAUAGAGCCAGCUCCUCAUAGCUCAACCUGAACUCAAGGGUAGACGUAACAUAGUAAAUGUCAAUACGAGACACUCCAUUUAGUAUGACAUGUUACAUUUCAUAUGGCAUGCAUUAAUUUGCUGUGAUAACCAUACCAAACGUAACAUAUACUAAUUACUGUCCCAGAUAUACGUUUACUACACAACAUGACCAAAAGUAUGUGGAAACCUGCUCGUCGAACAUCUCAUUCCAAAAUCAUGGCCAUUAUUAUGGAGUUUGUCCCCCCUUUGCUGCUAUAACAGCCUCUACUCUUCUGGGAAGGCUUUCCACUAGAUGUUGGAACAUUGCUGCGGGGACUUGCUUCCAUUCAACAACAAGAGCAUUGGUGAGGUCGAGCACUGAUGUUGGGCGAUUAGGCCUGGCUCGCAGUCGGCGUUCCAAUUCAUCCCAAAAGUUUUCGAUGGGGUUGAAGUCAGGGCUCUGUGCAGGCCAGUUAAGUUCUUCCACACUGAUCUAGACAUUUCUCCAGAGAACGAACAGUUAUUGUGCUGACGUGGCUUCCAGAGCCAGUUUGGAUCUCGGUAGUGAGUGUUGCAACUGAGGACAGACAUUUUUUACGCGCUUCAGCACUCGGUGGUCCCGUUCUGUGAGCUUGUGUGGCCUACCACUUCAGGGCUGAGCCGUUGUUGCUCCUAGACGUUUCCACUUCAGAAUAACAGCACUUACAGUUGACCGUGUCAGCUCUAAUAGGGCAGAAAUUUAACAAACUGACUUGUUCGAAAGGUGGCAUCCUAUGACGGUGCCACGUUGAAAGUAAUUGAGCUCUUCAUUAAGGCCAUUCUACUGCCAAUGACUGUCUAUGGAGUUUGCAUGGCUGUGUGCUCGAUUUUAGAAAACGGGUGAACUAGCCGAAUCCACUAAUUUUGGAGUGUCCACAUACUUUUGUAUAAUGUAUGUUAUGUCUAGUCUAUGAGACCAUGCUGCAUAGCUGGGGUUGUAUUUUUUUCCCCCGCUACAGACGGCUAUACCGUUUCGGCUAUAUCAUAUUGGUUCGCUAAUACAAGACUAGGAAAAGACCCAGUGCACUACAUUUGUGAUUGUUAUAUAUACAGUACCAGUCAAAAGUUUGGAUACCAACUCAUUCAAGGGUUUUUCUUUAUUUUUACUAUUUUCUACAUUGUAGAAUAAUAGUGAAGACGUCAAAACUAUGAAACGACACACAUGGAAUCAUGUAGUAGUAGUAAGCAAAAAAGUGUUAAACAAAUAAAAAUAUGUUAGAUUCUUCAAAGUAGCCACCCUUUGCCUUGAUGACAGCUUUGCACACUCUUACCAUUCUCUCAACCAUCUUCCGCUGGAAUGCUUUUCCGACAGUCUUGAAGGAGUUCCCACAUAUGCUGAGCACUUGUUGGCUGCUUUUCCUUCACUCUGUUGUCCAACUCAUCCCAAACCAAAUUGAGAUUGUUAAGGUUGGAUGAUUGUGGAGGCCAGCUCAUCUGAUGUAGCACUCUAUCAAUCUCCUUCUCGGUCAAAUAGAACUUACACAGCCUGGAGGUGUGUUGGGUCAUUGUCCUGUUGAAAAACAAAUGAUAGUCCCACUAAGCGCAAACCAGAUGGGUUGGUGUAUCGCUGCAGAAUGCUGUGGUAGCCAUGCUGAUUAAGUGUGCCUUGAAUUCUAAAUAAAUCACAGACAAGUGUCACCAUCACACCACUUCCUUCAUGCGUCACAGUGGGAACCACACAUGCGGAGAUCAUCCGUUCACCUACUCUGCGUCUCAUCAAAGACACAGCGUUUGGACCAAAAAUCUCAAAUUUGGAAUUCAGACCAAAGGACAGAUUUCCACCAGUCUAAUGUCCAUUGCUCGUGUUUCUUGGCCCAAGCAAGUCUCUUCUUAUUGGUGUCCUUUAGUAGUGCUUUCAGCAAUUUGACCAUGAAGGCCUGAUUCACAGUCUUCUCUGAAUAGUUGAUGUCUGAGAUGCCAUUUAUUUGGACUGCAAUUUCUGAGGCUGGUAACUCUAAUGAACUUAUCCUCUGCAGCAGAGGUUACUGGGUAUUCCUUUCCUGUGGCGGUCCUCAUGACAACCAGUUUAUCAUAGCGCUUGAUGGUUUUUGCGACUACACUUGAAGAAACUUUAAAAGCUUGAAAUGUUCCAGAUUGACUGACCUUCAUGUCUUAAAGUAAUGAUGGACUGUUGUUUCUCUUUGCUUAUUUGACCUCCUCUUGCCAUGAUAUAGACUUGGUAUAGACCAAAUAGGGCUAUCUUCUGUAUACCACCCCUGCCUUGUCACAACACAACUGAUUGUCUCAAACGCAUUAAGAAGGAAAGAAAUUCCACAAAUAAUCUUUUAACAAGGCACACAUGUUAAUUGCAUUCCAGGUGACUACAUCAUAAAGCUAGCUGGGAGAAUGCCAAGUGUGCAAAGCUGUCAUAAAGGCAAAGGGUGGCUUCUUUGAAGAAUCUCAAAUAUAAAAUAUAUUUUGAUUUGUUUAACACUUUUUUUGGUUACUACAUGAUUCCAUAUGUGUUAUUUCACAGUUUUGAUGUCUUCACUAUUAUUCUACAAUGUAGAAAAAUAGUAAAUAUAAGGAAAACCCUUGAAUGAAUGGGUGUGUCCAAACUUUAGACUGGUAAUGUUUAUUUUUUUUAAAUAAAAUAAUGCGAUUUUUUUUUUUUCACACCCUCAGCACCCCUAGGCCUAUAGGCAUGCAUUAUUUUGCAACUUUUUCAAAUCAUAGUUGCAUGUAUCAUGUAGCCUAGCCCAUAGAAUAUAUGUUUUGAGAAGGUUUGUCUCACAACUAAAGUGGCCAAAUAACUCUAUAGCAUAGCCUAUAGCCCUUGGAUCCCUGGGGCCGGGUUGGAGAGCCCAUAGUCUACAGACACUAUAGUGAAACAUGUAUUCUUAUAAGCCCAGUCAUCGUGUGUGAAAGCAGAGUUUGCUAUUCGAGUGCAGGCUUCGUAUUACAUGUUGAUUUUUUUUGUUGUUGUUGUGGGCCAUUUAUUUCAAAAUAAUUCCACACAUUUAUCAUAUGUGAAAGACCAGAUGAAAUUGAAAAUAGUCUGAUGGGUGAGAAUAAGUGGGUGCAGCCUGCGCAAGAAACAGAGCAGAGCGCAUGCCUUUCAUGCAAUUUUUUUCAAAUCAUCAUUACAGCAUUUGUCAGCCUUUGGCUAUAUGUUUGGAUUUCUAAUACAUUCCAAGGUUUGUAUCACAACUACAGUUGCAUAAAUAACUCUAAAUUAAGCAUAUAGGAGGACUUGUUUCAAGUUAUCACUUUGUUAACGGCUCAACACAGAAUAGGGAGUGCAACACGUGUGCACUCCCUCGGACAUCGUUUUGGGGAAAUAUCCAUUCUAUUUUAUUCACCUAUGUUCAGUUGUAUUCUUCUUACUAUGAAAUAACAUUAAAUAAUUCCACAAGAAUUCUAAGCAAAUCUUGUGUGUUAAAUGAACUAGUGCCACAGCCAUAUGGCAUAGCCAGAUCAGGGGCGAACAUAAGGAUGACUCAGAAUAUACUAUUCUGUUCUUCUGAAAUAGGCUACAUCUUCAUAUAAUUUCUUUAGACCUGCCUAAAAUGGGCUAUAUUACAUGGAUUUAUUCAACUUUUGAAAAUGUAGAUGUUCCAAAGGUCCACAUCAGUGGCUUGUAGAAUAUGCGUGGAAGCCCGGAGAUGCUAAACGUGUUUAUGUUAAUUAAAGGUCAUUUUAACGUGACCCCUGCAAUUAUUUGCAUGGCAGUUAGGCUGACAAAAUUGCAUGACUGCCACUGCCCUACACACAACACAACAGAUCUCCCAACAAACUGUCAAUGUCCUCCACUGGACAGAGGGCCCGGUCCCAAAUCAACCUCUAGUCCUGGACACUUCUCCUAGUCCCCUAGUCCUGGACACUUCUCCUAGUCCCCUAGUCGGGACACUUCUCCAAGUCUCCUAGUCCUGGACACUUCUCCUAGUCCCCUAAUCUUUGGACACUUCUCCUAGUCCCCUAGUCUUGGACACUUCUCCUAGCACCCUAUUCCUGGACACAUCUAAAUGCCCUCUCAUAGAUCUGAAAGAACUAGAAUGGAUGUAUGGAAAUAUCAUGGUAACAACCCUCCUGAAGGGUUAGUUGAAGCUAGUAGGCCACCACUUUUGAUUACACCUGUCUGUUUCUUUCACAUCCAGGAAGGGCCAUGAAGAAGAGUCUAGUCCAUGGGUAUGAGCUAGUGCUGGGGAAGAGGGCUUGAUUUGGGACUGGAAAUGAGGGUCAAAGUCGAUAUGUUCACCCAGUCAGCUUGCAGGCCUUACUGUGUCAGUAUUAUCUUUCGCAUCUUUAACUACCACCACCAAAAACCAGCUCUCUCAUGAACGCGUACUCCCUCAUCCAGCUGCUGUUAUUACAACUGGAAUUUCAAGGUUGACUUAUAAGCUGCUUGUAAGACAUUAUUGAAUAGUUUAACUAGUAAUAACUAUUUGUAAGUCAUUGCUGUAAGUAAGUUGUUCAUGUAUUUAUUAACCUGUAAGGAUCUAUAAUCAUAUAAAUAACAAGCAACAGGCUAUAUACAAUCUAAUGGUUAACCAACUGUGUAAUAAUGUUCAUAAGCAGUUCAUAAGCACACUUUCAAAAGCAUUCAUACUUUUUGUUAUAUAUAUAUAGGCUACAAACGCUUUAGCAUGAAGCAGAAUGCACUUGGAUUUCUAGUUGUUUUUAAAAUGUAGCCAUUUUUUCUAACUCACUGAUAUCCUUAAUUUUGCCAAUGUGUGUUGGAUGCAUAUUUAGACUAGUGUUUGGGUAGUGUUUGUCAGCACAUGCAUGGGGGUAUAGGUGGUUUGGCCACUGCCCAGGCCACAGCCUGAGUAAAGAUCAUGCUAUGAUUAAGGCUUAUGAUCAGAGUAACACCCGUGCAGGGUUUGCAGAGGAAGGAAGAGGCGAGACGCUCCACAGAUUUAGCUAGGCAAAUGACCAGAAAAAAACGUAUGUACCCAGAUGCCUGACUGAAAGUGAGAAGUAGUGAAAGAAAAAAGAGAGGUGGUUUUUAAAGUGCCAAUCGCAUCCCUGAUUUCUGUCCUGCCCUCUGCCCUGUCCUACUCUGCUACAGAUGUCAGGUGGUCUACUGUUCUGUUCAAGUGAACAUGUUUGAUUUACAGACACGGCACCAUAACAGUAUCUUCAGGUUUAAGGGUGUGUAAUGGAGGGGGUAUUUUUAAAAUGUUUAUAGGAGAGGGGGAGAGGGGUUGUGGCUGUAUUAUUAUUAUUAUUAUUAUUAUUAUUAUUAUUAUUAUUAUAUUUUUUAAUGGCUCAUAGACUGUACAAUCUUAUCCUGCACCUAUUAAUUACUAUUAUUGUUAUGAUUGUUACUAGAGCCAUUGUUCAUAUUGUUGCCAUUGUUCACUUAUUUGUGAACAGUGUAACCCCCACCCCCCCCAAAUCCUCUCUCCAUCCCUCAUGUGUGGUAGAAUGUUUCAGAAGCUGGGGUCAAGUUCAUGUCAAUAAUUCACAACUGAGGGUGCAUCAGACAUGGCACCCUAUUCCCUAUAUUAUGCACUGUACUGCAUAAGGGAUAGAAUGUCAUUUGGGACAAACUUAGUGUGAUUGACAUGGGGGCAACUUUUUGGAACCUCUGCUAUGUGUGUUUUCACUGGAGUGCUGUGUGUUACUGUGUGAGCCAUCAUCCAUAGAAAACCAAUGGUUGACUGUUGAGGUAGGGUUGAAUUGGGACUCCUUCUGGCCAGUGUGGUUGACUAUCAUAAGCCUACAUGAGACUUAACAACAUGAACAAGAUGCACAGUUUCAGACUGAACCAAAAUGCAAAAGAAGCACCUAUCCUUUCUUCAUUCUUUCUCAAACUAUUUCCCUUGCUCUUCUAUUUGCUGCACCAAAACAAUGAGAGUGGGAGUAGUCACUGGUUCAGAAAUGCAGACAUUUUUAAAAUGUUAAGUAACAUUUCAGAUUUACUUUGUUUUAUCUUGUUGAUUACUUUAUUUAGUUAUGAUUAGUAAGAAAGUAAUUGUUUAGUGAAAUUUGUGUGCCUUAUGCACAAUGUCAGAAAGAUAUUUAUCCGUUUAGAAUUGACUUGUUCUGGCCCUAUAAUAAUUUUCUGAUUUUCCGUUGUUGCAGAGAGAUCAUGAUAGUGUUAGUCUCCACAGGCAGCAGGUUGAACUGGACAUGACUCCGUUAGGCCCUCGAACUAGACCUGGAGGUGUGAGGGGGAAAAGGAGAACACCUUGAACAUUCUGCUCUAAACAGACUAACUAUAGUCAGGGUGUGGAGAGAAGAGGAUGGCCAAUGGUUUUGUACCAGUGAUAUGGCAGCAUGCUUGGUACUGCCUUCCUCUUCUCUGCUCUGUAGAGCUAGGAACAGUGGAUACUAUAGAUGGAAUAGACCAGUCCUUCAACUUGCUCAACUACCCCCCCCCCCCCCCCCCCCCCCCACGCCUGCAGUGCAGAUAUGGUGUCCGUGUCCUCUCUGUUUAAGUGUACCUGUUUUCGAGAGAGAGAAUGUCUGAAAUAGCAUGUUGUCCACUAGGGGAGUAGGGUGUUAUUUCAGCUUCAGCCCAUAGACCACCUCAUUUGAAGCCAAUGCCUCACCUCUGUAUGAGCUUUAACUCAUUCUCAAUGUUAAAAACCAUGCCCCACGAGCCAGGUCAAGGUAUGGCCAUGUCUAUGACACAAAGAAAUAUAUCCCUUUCAGUUAUUUUGAAGGGGAAACUACCUGAACAAUAUACAUUUCUCUUUCUCAAGUGUUUUAUCUUUUUAAAGUUUUUUUUUAAUACAUCGUUAUGUUUAUUACAGACAGAUGUUUGUAAGAAAAUAAAUCAUGCAUUUUAAUAUUUUGUCAUGCUGCAAUGUGCACCAUUUAUUACAUUUUUAUUUAAUUAAAAUAAAGAAUACAUUUUUUUCUAUUUUUAAUCUGUAGUUUGGUGGAAUACUUUUGCUAGUUAGAAUUUUUUUAAUAUUGUAUAUUUCCAACAUUGCUUCCUGUUUAUCAUGUUAAUAAAGUUUUCAUACAAAUUGAGAAACACCUGACAAACUUUAAACAGAUGUAAGAAAUAUAUACAUGUAUAUUGAAUUGUGUAGGCUACAGUGUGUGGAAAACAUCUGGACCAGGCAUUGUGUAGGCUACAGUGUGUGGAAAACAUCUGGACCAGGCAUUGUGUAGGCUACAGUGUGUGGAAAACAUCUGGACCAGGCAUUGUGUAGGCUACAGUGCGUGGAAAACAUCUGGACCAGGCAUUGUGUAGGCUACAGUGUGUGGAAAACAUCUGGACCAGGCAUUGUGUAUACUAAUAGUAGCAACAAAAUGUUAUAUUCUUUGUUCCUUAAACUAUUUAAUAAGAUGUUACAGAAUUAA